AAAAAAAAAGGAAGAAGAAGAAGGAAAUUCUUAAAGCUCAUCUCUUUCACUCACACAAUAAUGGAACAAGAAUACGAUGUCGUUAUCCUCGGUACUGGUCUGACCGAGUGCAUCCUCUCUGGUUUGCUCUCCGUCGAUGGCAAAAAGGUCUUGCACAUGGACCGCAAUGACUACUACGGAGCAGAGUCUGCAUCCCUUAACCUCUCUCAGCUUUACAAGAAGUUCAGACCCGGACAGGAACCCCCAGCUGAGUUGGGCAGGGACCGCGACUGGAACGUUGACUUGAUUCCUAAGUUUAUGAUGGCCAAUGGUGAAAUUGUCCGUUUCCUGACUUAUACUGAUGUCACUCGUUACUUGGAAUUCAAGCAGAUUGCCGGUUCAUUUGUGUACCGUAACGGCAAGAUUUCCAAAGUACCUGCCAACGAGAUGGAAGCCUUGUCUUCUCCUCUGAUGGGUAUCUUUGAGAAACGCCGCAUGAAGAAGUUCCUUGAGUGGGCACAGAACUACAAUGAGCAGGACCCAGCCACAUUCCAGGGCUUGAGCUUAGAGAAGAGCACUAUGGCAGAAGUCUACAAGAAGUUUGGUCUUGAGACUGGUACCCAGGACUUUAUCGGUCAUGCCAUGGCACUCCACCUUGAUGAUGAAUACUUGAAACAAACCGCCAAAGACACUGUUGAGCGUAUUCGUCUCUACGCUGGUUCAGUUGUCCGUUAUGGCAAGAGUCCUUACAUUUACCCUCUCUACGGCUUGGGAGAUCUUCCUCAAGCAUUCGCCAGAUUGAGUGCUGUGUAUGGUGGUACUUAUAUGUUGAACAAGGACAUUUCAGAGAUUGUCUACAAUGAGAGCGGUGCUGUUGUGGGUGUACGCUCGGGUGGUGAAGAAGUAAAGACUAAACAAGUCAUUUGCGACCCUUCGUACGUGCCCACCAAGGUUCAAACUGUCGGAUCUGUUGUACGCGCUAUCUGCAUUCUCAAUCACCCUAUUCCCAACACCGGUGACAUUGACUCUGUCCAGAUCGUGAUUCCUCAAAACCAGGUUGGACGUAAACAUGACGUCUAUGUUGCCUGUGUUAGUUUUGCCCACAUGGUUUGCGCAAACAACUACUAUCUUGCAAUUGUAUCCACCAUUGUUGAGUCUGAUCAGCCCGAACAAGAAAUCAGUGCAGGACUCAAUCUUCUUGGUCCUAUUGUCGAGAAGUUUGUUUCUGUAACUCCUCUCCAGGUUCCCGUAGAAGAUGGCAAGAAGGAUCAAGUGUUUGUAUCGCGCUCUUAUGAUGCUACUUCUCACUUUGAAACCGUGUGUGAGGAUGUACACGACUUAUGGCGCCGUGUUACAGGCGAUGAACUUGUUUUGAAGAAAAAUGAUACCGAGGAACAAGUCAAUGCUGUUUAAAUCACACAUUUAUCCCCCCUACUUUUCCCCCCUUUUAUCUUUCUUUUAUUUUCUUUUCUGUUUUAUAAAUUCCACCUCCAUCAACAAAUGUUACCAAAAACAAAUGGUACUUUUUGAACAU